AUGGCAAGUUUUCAUUAUAAAUGGCUGAAGCGCAUGGACUUCUAUGGCAAAGUCUCGCCAAAGUACAUGCGUCGCAAAACAAACUACCCGUUAUGGCUACAAAUGAUUAUUAUCAUUUUCCUCGUAUUUGUACUCUGGGGCCUGGUCCUGGAUCACCUCGAGGCAGAUGAGCUCUACAGCUUCCGUGUGGAUGGUGGUGACUCAGUUGAAACUUCUCUUCAAAUCAAUGUCGAUAUUACAGUUGCUACACCAUGCUCGGCACUUAUUGUCAAUGUCCUUGACAAAUCAAACGAUCGCAUGUUUGCAUCUGAAGUCUUACAUCUUGACGAUGUCCAAUUCCAAGCACCUGUAGAGGACGUGAAUGCAGCCGGAUAUGCUGGUAGCAGUUUUAACUCUGCUGAUGAUCCGUUAGCCAAUACCCCUAAUGGCAAGCACAUUCUAGGGUUGCUUGAGCAACUUGCUCCACCGGCAGAAAUUUCUGCCCCAGAACUCGAGUCGCGUUCGCAAUCGCUUCUCUCAGUACUGCGCUCAGCAAAACAAUCAACAAAAUAUCGCCGAUCUACUCCUCUUCCAGCUCAAAUUAAACACGACUUGGCUGCAGAUUCUCCUGAUGCUUCCCCGCCGAGCGAGUACACAGAUGGGUCUGUGGGCUGCCGCGUAUAUGGAAGUUUCCCUGUUACCAAAGUUCAGGGAACUCUUCACAUUAUUUCUAAAGCUGUGUUUCUUAGCGGCGGCCGGAUUUCAAGUGCUGAAAGACGAUUACUUACUUCGCAGGCAGCACGCGAUGACAUGUGGCUCAAGCACCGUAAUAGGUUCCCUCCCUCACACUAUAUUUUCACCCAAAUCAACUUCACCCACUACAUUGAUGAGCUUUCGUUUGGCGCAUACUACCCCAAAGUUAUCAAUCCGCUUGAUGGCACACGUUCACACUGGCCUGUGCGCGCUCUGCGCCAUCGCGUUGCUACAUUUUUUCGAUCAACCAAGUCCACGGAUUCUGACAUGAAGUCGGCAUCUCCAGCACUUACAAAGAAAAUCCAUAAUUUGAUGAGUGAGUUUCGUGCGCGUGCCUCAGCAAUCUCCGCUUACAAUUACUUUUUGUCAAUUGUUCCAACAACAUAUAAAUCUUCACGCACUGGCAAAAGUGUGGCUACAAGUCAAUAUGCCGUUACAGAACAGGUCCGCGAUUUAUCGUGGGAUUAUGUGUUUGAUAACGGCAAUUUUGGUCCGGAAUUUGUGGAGGACUUACCUAAUGAGGAUGAACGUUUACAACUGGAUGCUUUUAAAAAGGCCGUGCUGGAAACUCACGGUGAUGAAGAACGCAUCAAGAAUAAUGCCUUUUCAACAUCCUCAAUGCAACCUCCAGGAAUUUACUUUCAGUACGACUUGGAUCCUCUUCUAUUAGAGAUUACGGAAACAAGAACAUCAUUUUUAUUGUUCUUAGUUCGUCUAGUGAAUAUCCUUGCUGGUAUUUAUGUCCUCUCUAUUGCUUUUGUGACCUUUGUGAUUGAUCGCCGCGGUGGUACGGGUUCAAAGGGUGUUUCUUCUGCAAGUGAAAAGGAAGGAUUACUUGAUGAUAAGACGUUCUUAGAGAAUGUUGCAUAUGCGCCAAAUUAA